AUGCCUCCAAUUACACGUUCUGCCUCCCGUGCACCUAUCACUCCUCAGAAGGUCUUGGAGAAUCUAUCCUUCGCUAGUCCUGGAGGAAGGAGAAGGCCUCACUGCCAGACGUGCAACAAACCCCGCAAAGGUCAUCCGCGGCAGGGGUGCCCGGAAUACCCGCCCCUGGGUAACGCACAGGGCGCCACACUAGUAGACGUCAACCUCGCAGAUGCCCUCAACUCCUUAAAGCUCGACUCGGAGGCUGAGGAUGCGGGCGAACAUUCUCCCCUGUCAGCUGGCAAAAACCCCUCCCGGAAAGCGAGACCGCGGCGAGAGGAAGGAUCCCCCGCAGCUGUAACCUCACGUUCCCCUGUAGGCUUGAUUAUAGCCGAGCUACCCAGGCAUCGCGCCGAGUCCGAGGUCCUCGACCACCACGAUGAAAUCCCAAAGCCGGUUACCCAGCCUUCAGCCUUCGUGCAUUCACCUAUCGCCCUUCCGUCGCGUCGGUCCAUACGCUCCACAAGCAUCAGCGCGCGCGAGGAAUUCUUGGACAGUCUUGAUCGUGUAUCCACGCGUGCACCCGUAUCAGUAUACGCGGUGCCCACUGACCAUAUUGGACAAUUGCGACCAUUCGCGAAGGAGAUUGGCUUUUAUAUGGCGACGGUUACGCCGGAGGGUGAUCCGCGGAGCGGAGAAACCCUGCUAGUCCUCGGCACAGAGAGCGCGGCGGUCGAAGAUGUGUGCGAGAGGAUAAUGAUGGAAGAUGCCGCUAUGGCUCAACGCGGAGGCAGCCAUUGUCUCGCACAAGUUGCUGGGGGUGCAGUCGUUGGUGCGGCAGCUAUAUUCGCGGGAUUGAGUCUGUGA